AUGAGACUGCUGGCUCUGCUGCUGAUGGUCGGAGCUGCUGCGGCAGUUCCCCGCGAAAAUGGCAGGAUCAUUGGCGGGCAUGAGUGUGACCCUCACUCUCGUCCAUACAUGGCCUCCCUCAACUAUGGCUACCACUUUUGUGGUGGGGUGCUCAUCAACACACAGUGGGUGAUGUCUGUUGCCCACUGUUGGUAUGAUCCCUAUUACAUGCAGGUCAUGCUGGGAGAACACGAUCUGCGACUGUUUGAGGGUACUGAGCAGCUCAUGAAGACUGAUACCAUCAUCUGGCACCCUAGUUAUGACUACCAGACUCUGGACUAUGACAUGAUGCUGAUCAAGCUCUACCACCCAGUGCAGGUGACCGACGCAGUUGCACCCAUCCCGUUGCCCACAGGGUGCCCAGUAGGGGGGCUCCCCUGCUCUGUCUCGGGCUGGGGUAACACUGCCGUAGACGGCAACGCGGCGACCCUACUGCAGUGUCUGGACGUGCCCAUAGUGGACGACGCUGACUGUGAGAGGGCCUAUCCAGGCCUGAUCACACGCAGGAUGGUGUGUGCCGGAUACAUGGAUGGAGGCAGAGAUGCAUGCAAUGGUGACUCCGGCAGCCCUCUGGUGUGUCUUGGAGAGGUCUUCGGCCUGGUGUCAUGGGGUCAGGGAUGUGCCGAGCCCAACUACCCCGGGGUCUAUGUCAAAGUGUGCGAGUUCCUUUACUGGAUUGAUGACGUUGUGACAGCCUAUUCCUGA